AUGGGAGCAAUAUCUAGCCUUCCCACCACCCAUUCUUUUGCCUUCUAUCCUGGAGAAGAUGAACUCAUCCAGUUCGAAGAAGGUUUCUAUAAUACUGAUCUUCCCAAUCUGGAGAUCAGCAACUUGGUUUCCGAUGAUUCAAGCUCAAGUUCCUCGUCAUCAUCGUCACAUGUUUCCUCAAGUACUGGGAACAUUCCAAGAAGUAUUGACCAAACAAUCAGUAGAGUCGAUACCAACCCAGAUUCAACAACGUUGGAAGCUGGGGAUUAUUCAACUUUCCAAUCUCAUGUAAUGUCCUUCGCUCGUACAACAAAUACAAAAACAGCUGAGCUGUUAAUGAAGUCUCGGGAACCCCUAACUCUCAAAGUAUAUAGCUCCAGUUAUACAAGAUUCCGCAAUUUCUGUACCUUGAACUCUUUGAAUCCAGCAAACACUACCUUAGUUGUUUUCG